GAGAAUAAGCCCCUCCCCGUCAGAGACAGGCCUGGCAGUAGACCACACACACUGUAAACACACACACACACACCCGGAGCUGCUGCGCUCGGUCGGUCCUCUUGUCUUGGUCUUGUUCUCCGGUCCGCCUGCUGUCUCCUGAUCCCUGGUGACAGAGUGAAUAAGAGCGGAGGGCAGUAGAGGUCUCGCACUUCCUCCUGUCUGGACGGUUCUGUCAUGGCCUCCUCCUUGAUUAGCCGUCAGUUUGCUCUCUCUCUGCAGAAGAACCUGCAUCUCAGUGCUCCAGGGUGUAGAUAUGUCAGUAAGGCAGCACCAAAGACCCAGGUGGAGUUUGACUACGAUGGACCCUCCAUGAAAACUUCAGUCCCUGGACCCCGAUCAGAAGAGCUGACAAAACAACUUGGACACAUCCAGAAUGUUGGUGCAAUCAACUUCUUCUGUAACUACGAGGAGAGCAGGGGGAACUAUCUGGUGGAUGUGGACGGCAACCGCAUGCUUGAUAUCUACACUCAGAUCUCCUCCAUCCCUAUUGGCUACAACCACCCCGACCUCCUCAAACUGAUGUCCAACCCCAACAAUCUGAGCACGCUCGUGAACCGACCCGCCCUAGGUAUCCUGCCGCCGGAGAACUUUCCAGAGAAACUAACCGAAAGCCUCGUCUCAGUGGCCCCCAGUGGGAUGACUCGAGUUCAGACCAUGGCCUGCGGAUCCUGCUCCAAUGAGAACGCUUACAAAGCAAUGUUCAUCUGGUACAGGAACAAGGAGCGGGGCCACAACACCCCGUCUGAGGAGGACCUCAGCUCCUGCAUUAUCAACCAGUCCCCAGGCUGUCCAGAACUCAGUAUUUUAUCUUUCAUGGGGGGUUUCCAUGGAAGAACCAUGGGUUGCUUGGCAACGACCCACUCCAAAGCAAUCCACAAGCUGGAUGUGCCGUCAUUUGAUUGGCCGAUCGCUCCGUUUCCUAGGCUACAAUACCCGCUGGAAGAAUUUACCAGAGAGAACGCACAGGAAGAGGCUCGCUGUCUGGAGGAGGUGGAGGAUCUGAUCGUGAAGUGGAGGCAGAAGGGGAAGCCUGUGGCUGGGGUUGUGAUCGAACCCAUCCAGGCUGAAGGUGGAGAUAACCAUGCCUCUUCUGACUUCUUCAGGGGACUCCGCGACAUCGCACGCAAGCAAGGCUGUGCUUUCCACGUGGAUGAAGUGCAGACAGGGGGGGGGACCACAGGGAAGAUGUGGGCCCAUGAGCAUUGGGGCAUGGAGGACCCAGCUGACAUUGUGUCCUUCAGUAAGAAGCUUCUGACGGGGGGCUACUACCACAAGGACGAGUUCCAGGUGGAUGAGCCAUACCGUAUCUUUAACACAUGGAUGGGCGACCCUUCCAAGAAUCUGAUCCUGUCUGAGGUUCUCAAUGUGAUCCGCAGAGAGAACCUUCUGGAGGAGGUGAACCGCUCUGGGAGGGCGCUGAUGAACGGCCUCUUUGAGCUACAGGCUCAGUACCCCGGCAUGUUGAGCCGCGCCCGAGGAGUGGGCACCUUCUGUGCCAUAGAUAUCUGUGAUGACAAAACACGUAACCGCAUCCUGAUCACGGCCAGAGACAAAGGUAUCCUCCUUGGGGGGUGUGGGGAUCGAUCGAUCCGUUUCCGUCCAGCGCUGGUUUUCAAGGAGUACCAUGUUCACCUCUUCCUCAAUAUCUUCAACGACGUACUGGCCCAGCUCAAGUAAAUCCGGACCCUGAAGGAACCUGACUCGCAGUGCAUGAGCUUGAGUGAAUCCAGAGUGAAGGAAAAUAAACUGCAGACAGUCUGUGUCAUGAUAAGCACAAUCCACACAGUAACACACACAAAUAUCCCAUAUAGCCUCUGUUUCCAGGUCCAAUUGGCCAAUCUCUGUAGCCUAAAAUGAUAACGGUCAUAUCCUCCUACUAUAUAUCCAUAAAGACCCCCCCCCCCCCACCUUUCGGAACAGGUGCCAGCUACUUUUGCAGUAACUGGGAAUUUCACAGAACACACAGUUUCUGUAAAAUAAAGCUAAAACCCCAAACUGGAGAAUCUUUCUCAUCUGGAUUUAUAACAGACUCUGGAUGAAGGCAUGCCAGAUUGUACAUCAUGUCAAAACAAAGUAGCUUCUGUUUCAUGUCAGAGGUCUUGAGUAAGGCUAUAAAUGUGGUUCUGUUCCUUUAGCAGAUAGCACAGCGUCAGUUAAAUGUAAAUAGUAUAUUGAGGAUCGUACUCACUAAUAAGCUCAGUUGAUAGCUGAGAACAAAGUCUCGCGUUCAGCUUGUUUAAGUGCUCAGAUGCUGGCAUCAUCCUUACAGUGUGUGUUUGUUAAGAAGACAGACGGUCGUCCUGGAUACAGAAUGAUGUGUUAGUAGGAAAUAAUGUAAGAACGCACAAUGGAGAUAAGAUGCCAGCCUGCAUGUCAUAAAAUGAUGUCCAAUAGAAAUGUCCUUGUUAUGAUUCUGUGUUGUUCUUAUUAGGAAUGACUUUUCAGCUUGAAUUGUUGUAGCCCAGAAAAAUGUGAAUCCUAAAUGGACCAUCAAACAUGUAAUUGUUUAGUGCCUGCAUGUCACUUACAUUUGCUAAUAAUGUUUUUCAAAUUAUUUGUAUUGGCUCAAAUGAGAGCAGCCAUUGGUAACCCUAAAUAACCUAAAAUGUACACAUUCACUUUACUCUUGAAAAAAGCUUCAUAUUUUACAUCUAUUCAUGAACAAAUUGGCUCUUUACUGUCACUUGGUUAUAACUGAAUUAUUAUGACCAAAUUAAGCAUAUAAUAAAAGUGAUUAUUUUUAGUUUGCAUCAAGCUGUUUCUGUGCAGUUAAAUGCUGUUUGUCAUGUAGACUACAAAGGCCCCUAAGGACAAAACACAUGCAUAACCAAAAGCA